ACCAAGCGGAACGUGCCAAGUGCUGGAAGGCAUUGCGAGCUUUUCCUACCAGAUCCCUGCCUCUUGCUGACGAGACCGCGUCCCCAUCCCCAUCCACAAUCCACACGCUGUACGCCUUCAAGGGUGUCCACCGAACAACAGCUUCAAGGAUACUCGUGCUCGGGAAGGAAUGGGUUUUGGUGCUGACGCUGCCUGGCAUUAAGGUCGAAGCUGCUGGGGCUGCAGCAGUUCUCAACGGAUGAAGAUGGACGAGAUCUUCCAUCUACCCAAUGGACAUCUGCUGAAUCUUCAACCUCGACCCCGCCACGGCAAGCGGACAAGAAUCAAUCACGAGGUACAGACGCCCGCACAAACCCAAGGUUCUGCAUCCAAGACCGACGAACGCCUCAGGUCCGCCGGCAGCAAGGAAACCACCCGCGCAUCGUCUGACACGGCUUCACGGAAGGGAAAGCCUACUAAACUACCGCUUCCUACGACGUUUACCGACAAGGAUAAAGAUAAGAGAAAAGAGAUACCCACUGCCUCUGAACAUAAAGGGCGCCGUGCCGACAGGGCUCUUCAGCCAAGAAGGUCGUUCGGGAUACCAGAGCGCACACCGCCCAAGAACUCGGACAACGAUCGCGACCAGUACUGGCGGAAGGUGAGGGAUAAGUGUGAGAAGGAUAACCGUUCUCCGCCCACUAGAGAGAAACCUAAGGAAUACUAUCAGGAGGCUUACCGAAAAAUCGCUUCGCUGGCUAACUCGCCACGACAAGAGAUCGCCCGGCAGAAGCUGAAGCAGCUGGCGGGAGGAACGCCUCGGGUCGACCGGUCAUCACUCCCGAGUGCCAACCUACGAACUAAGAUCCCACAUUCGAACGACAGCCGGUCCAGUCUUGGGCGCAGUCCGAAGGUAGGCGUGAUAGUUCCCUCGACGGGUCAGAGGAAACGCCCGACCAACGGAGACCAACACGCGCAUCUGCACUUCAGCAAAUCCACGCCGGCGAUCUCAUCUGAAAGAACCGACACUACCACAGACUCGUCCGAGCGUUCGCAUCCUUCAAUAUCGCCGGUAUCAGCGCCUGCCAGCUCGUUAACGGAGUGGGAGGAUAGGUUUGUGGUCAACAUGCCAUCCGCCAGGGACCCAAACCCGCCAACCAUGAAUGCGCAGCAAAUCUCCAACUUUCAGCAAAGCAUUGAAAAGGUGCACAAAGAAGGCGGAACGAUGCUUGAUCCGGAUACUCUCCCAAGCCCACGUACGAGGACUCCCGAUGAUAGCACCACCAACUCUUCAGGACCAGAAAAGAAAGUACCCGGCCUUGAUGGUCAAGAUUCAUCUCUUGACCGUCCAUCUGAGACCAGCGACAUCAAUAAGCCUUCUGGGCACCGCCGAUAUUACAGUCCAGAAGAGGUCGGAAAGCAACGCUUCAGCACGAUAUGGGAAGAGUCCCCCGGGAAAUCCCCUCAUGAUCCCCCUAUUGCGAACCCCGAUGGGUCUUUUUUAGGAUGCAAGGAAAUCAAUGGGCCUUACGACAAGAACCCCGACGAGAUUCUACUUUUCUCGACCACGGACGAACGGCCCAAAAUGAUAGAUAUCCCGUCCGGACGACCCAAGGUACUGAGAGAAGGGAAGAAAGCCGCCAACCACCUCCGGGUGCCACCGGUGUCUCCAGAGAAGGCUGCUGUUCAAGAAGAAUGGAAACCGAUUUCUCAGAAUUUGAAACAAGCCCAAUGCUCGAAGCCGUUAGUCAGGACAAUGUGUCAAGAGGCCAAGUGUCGGCAACCGGAAAGGCCGGAAGACUCUGCCAAAGAACCUAUGAAGGAGAAUUUGGACAUCUCGGGGAACGCAACCAAGCAUUACGAGAAGCAGAAAUUGGGUCCCAAGCCCGACGAUGUCUUCAUUAUCACACCCACUAUCACACGCACUAUGGUGCCGCUGACAGACUUGAGAGAGCAUCCAACGAAACAAGAUACACAGGAGCCUGUCUCGCGAAUCGCAGGCGAGAUAAAUACGGAUCCUCGAACGAAACCGCAGACGGGCAGCUCAGCAUCGGGCUUGCGACGGGCCACCCAAAAUUCGUGGGAAAAGUCAAAUGCGCCCUGCGAAAUAUCCUCCUCGGAUGCAGCCCCUCCAACAAAUCCCCACCCAGCUCAAAGCCGGGUAGAAAAGGAACGCACCUCUCCGCACAAACCUCGCGCUAUUCGUGGAUUCAUCCGUACGCAAGGGCUGCCCAAGUCCGCAACAGGAAAUUUCGGCGAUUCCCUCGGCAAUAAUCAUCGGAAGCCCUUGAUUGCCAGCCUAUCGCCGAAGAAAGACAGAAUGUACUCCUUGAAGAGCGCAUCAGAUUCGACGCUCGUUGAGAAGCCAGGCUCCUCACAUGACAUUUCGCCCACGGCUUCGAUCAGCAGAGAUAGACUGCAGGGCAGCAUGGAUAAGGAAACUAAACCCUUUGAAGUUGCUGAACUGGAUGGACAGCAAGUGACCGGCACAUCCAAAGAGGAACUUUUUCUGUCCAAGAUCACAUAUUUCAAUUCCGAGUUGCAUAGUAACAGCAUGCCGACCGACGAGAAGGAGACCGUCAGUCAGGACAUGCUGAGUCUCAUUAAGGACGCCCUACUAGAGCUAGCAGGACAGCUUCAGAAGCUUUAUGACCAGAUAAUGGCCAAUCGACAUUCCCGGGCCAUGCUGGUAAAAAUUGCCUUCAACAGCGUCUUGAAAAUGAUUGAGCAUUGCUUGCAUGUUCUCAAGGAUCUCUUGGCAAUCCUGGCCCUCUACAAUACAACUGGAGCCUGGCCGACGCCCAAUCGAAAGGAUUUUGCCCGGUCAUUGAUUGACCUUUGUGAGGCUAUGAUCUACCUCGUGACCCUGGGGUUCAUCAUGAUAAUAAUAGGCCGAGCGGCCGGAUACGUGGUCCUUGUUGGGAGCUGGAUCGUCUGGUUUGCCAAGCCUUUCGCUUGGUUACUGGGAACAUUGGGGAGAGCCCUGUUAAUAUGAGUUGGCUCUUCGAUUAAGUGUUGACCAGACGCCGGACUUGUGUCAAGGCACACUUGUUCUACUUGCUUUCCCCAUCGAGCUGCACGGCGAAGGGCAGUAGAGUCUUGCUCGGCCUUGUCGAUCUUUGCAUCUUGUCUUUUUCGCCAUAAGUAUUUUUACGUAAUUCAGUAUUGAUUCCCCUGUCAUUUGCAUACACGUUUAUGAUACUAUGUUGUAGCUAGCGUCCUUUCACCUGUUAAAAUGCAUGCCGUCAGAUCUUCUAUUUUUCAUUCGUAACAUCCCUGGCUAGUUUUAGACAUGAUCGUCAGCAAUGUCAGACUCCCCAGUAGGCCAAAAGAAUAAAU